AUGGCACCGAUACAGCAGAAGGCACUUAUCAACUGUGACAUGGGGGAGGCUUAUGGCAACUGGACGUGCGGUCCUGACCUCGAGCUCCUCCCCAUGAUCGAUAUCGCCAAUAUUGCCUGCGGAUUCCAUGGGGGUGAUCCUCUCAUCAUGAUGGAAACAGUGCGAAAUUGCAAAGCUCACAAUGUCCGAAUCGGUGCUCACCCCGGUCUUCCAGACCUGCAAGGGUUCGGUCGUCGGGAGAUGAAGCUCUCCCCAGAAGAGCUUACCGCAAUCACAAUCUACCAGGUAGGGGCGCUCCAAGGCUUCCUCGACCGUGAAGGGGUUCCUCUACACCAUGUAAAGCCUCAUGGGGUAUUGUACGGUAUGAUGUGCCGGGACUAUGAAGUUGCCAAGGCGGUCAUGCUGGGAAUUCCAAAAGAUGUGCCGGUAUUUGGACUAGCAGGCACUCAAAUGGAGAAAGCUGCCAACGACCUGGGGAUCAAGUUCUGGGCUGAGCUAUAUGGCGAUGUGAAAUACGACUCGAACGGCAUGCUUGUGAUCGAUCGGAAGAAGAAGCCCUGGAACCUCGCAGAUGUUGAGAAGCACGUCAGACAGCAGAUCGAAGAGCAGUCAGUCACGGCGGUUGAUGGGACUAUUGUGCAACUGCCACUGAAAACCUACCCGGUCUCAAUCUGCUGCCACUCUGACUCUCCUGGAUGCGUUGACAUCAUCAGGACGACGAGAAAGGUAGCGAAUGAAUUCAAUGCCAAACACGGGAGAUGA